CUUCGAAUGUCCCGCCUCCACACUACACUCAUUUCCUCUGGUCGAAGUGUUAUGGUCGACAAGGAAACUGGACAGAGCAACACAACACCAUGAAGAACUUUUUGGCUCUGUUUUUUAUUCACUGCUUCGUAAACGCAGAUAUUUACAUGCAUAAUCCGAGAGGAAGUAAUAACAGAUUAGAUGAAAGAGGAAGAGAAAGAAAUAAUGGCAAUCGGUUGUUUGAUUCACAAAACAACAACAGAGGUGGAUAUAAUGUUGGAAAUUUGUACUACUAUGCUGGGUCUACAUUGCCAAUAGAGUGGACAAAUCAGCAUUCGUGUGAUAACCCAAACAGUAAUUGUGAGAUUAUCAUUCAGUACAUGUGUGGAAGCAGGGUUCGAGAUGGAACAACUACAACAACCAUCCCAGAAAAUCCAGUCCAAUGUCGUGGAUAUGACUGCAACAAUGAUUUACGGUUUGGCAUGCAUGAAAAUUACAACUAUUACAUGGAUUGUAAAUACAGACAGAGAAACCAAGGUCUUUUCACAGCUGAUCAGCAAUUGAAAGGAAAAACAUCCAAGUACACCAGGCAGAACCCUGGAGGUACCAGAAGGGGCUAUGAAUGCCCAGAAGAACGAGACUAUUAUCCAUAUUGGCAUCCCAACCCAUGGAAGGAUAUUGUUAUCAUGACCAAUGACGUCACAAGAUGCGACUACUACCAGAAGGAGAGCCAAAAUGUGAAGGACAAAUGGGCCUGUGUGCCACCCGCUGAAUACACCAAAUUCGCAAGAAGUCGGAGGCUGGCAAUUCCCAUUGACAAAGAAAAUUGUGAGAAAAUCGUUUGGCCUAUUGGUAGUAUCAACGGGACACGCGCUGUUUGGACCAAAUUUCCAUCUCACGGAAUAAAGGCCCCAGAAUGCAGGGAAACUGUAUGGUCUCGGGACAAUCACCUUGGUAAUGGCAAAGGUGGAUUUACAAACAAAUAUGAUUGGAUUUUGCCGAAAAUCGAAGAGAAUAAUUGUGUGUUGCGUAUAAGGUACAACAUUUCAACCAAUGAUUAUGAUACUUGGAAGACCAAUGCAUCUAAAAAUGGGAACAAACAAACUGAUGUCAAUAUUGGCAGCAUGAUUGGACUGGCUUCAGACGAGGCUAAAACAAGAGGCUACGUCUUCAAAAACAACCCAGUUGUACAGCCGUUUGGGAGUUCAAACAAGUUCCAAGUUAGAUUGGCAAUCAACACAGCCCAGUACGGAAGAACAUUUCAAGACAGAUCACACCUUUUUGCAAUUCGAAAGCGUCCGUCCAAUCUUGAAAAUGUCAAAAUUGUUAAUUUGAAUGUCCGUGGAAAACGUGGCAAUAUUGUCCAAGUAUACCCUGCCGUGGAAUACGAUUUUGUCCCAAACAGACUCCAGCUGGGUGAAGGAGAUUACAUACAUUUCCAGUGGACAGGUUCCAACACAAACCCUGGCAAUAACGAUGGUCAAGGAUUGGCUGGCACGGAUAGAUCCAAUGUGAUUCUUCUUGAAAAACAGAAAUACGCAGAAGGAAAUUUCAGAGGUGCUGGCACAAAAUAUGGUCAUUUUGGAAACAAUUAUCCACAGAGAGUCGAUAAAGUCACGUGGCUUGGGCUAAGCAGGCAGGACCUGAAUUCUCUUGCACUUUUACUGCCAGGCCAAUAUGGCGGCGAGAUGUCCGAGCUGGAUGACGCUGGCACGUACUUUGACCUUGGUCCACGGAAAGUGACUGGUAUUGGUACAUACUUUUACAUGAGCACGCGAAACAACAACUUUUCAAAUCGAAGUCAGAAAGGAAAAAUCGUUGUUAAUGGUAAUGCGGUUGUACAGAGGCAGGUUGGAUGGGGAGGAGGAAAUAUACUUUUGAAAGAUGGAUCGCAAGGUCUUUGGAUUGAAAAGGAUGUUUUAGAUGGUUUGAAGUCCAUUCAGUUAGAGGAAUGGUCGCCCGACGCAGGCAGUGAUCAAUUGAAGAAAGGUGGGGGAAGCAUAACGGUCGGUGAUGACUUUAGCAGCAAUUUCUUGGCUGUAUAUCCAAUGCAAAGGCUAACGAAGGACGGGAAGACGUUUACUGUCAAGUUGAAGGUUGAGGAAUCAGCAGGCCAUAGCACCUAUGUAUACCAUUCGUCUGAUAUGAAGACUUGGUCGAAAAUUUCAGAUGCGUCAAUCUCUGAUGGUACUGCUACAUUCAAAGCUAGUGCAGGUGGCGUUUAUGUGGCCAGAAAACACAGAGAUGUUGGCAUGAUUGCUGGCGUUAGUUUGGCCUGCGCCUUUUUGUUCGUCCUCAUCAUUGGAACGGUGAUUUACUGUAGAAAAAAGCCAGGGACCUGGGACCGAACUAGAGUUCGGUUUCGUAAUAUCACACGAAGUCUGAAGUCAGAGGUUUGAGGCGAUGUCAACAUUGCCUUUUGUCUGAAUUUGAUCUCCCAUGAUUAUAUUUAAUUUGAUUUCAUUAGAAUGAGGGUAAGGUGUGGGUUUUAGCCCAGUUGAAAGUAAGGUUGAUGGGGUGCGUGCAUUUUAGAUGACCAUUUACAGAAUUUUUCAUGCAUGACCCUUCAGCCCAAAAAACCUUAAAGCUGAAACCCUAUUUAUAAAUCAUGUCUUGAUCCUGUUUCAUUUAUCCUUAAAAACCCAUUGUUUUUAAUUCAUAACUGAGAUUUUUGCCUUAGACCUAUUUUGAACUUGAUUUUUUUAUUUAUUUUGGAAACUCCUCUCAAUUUGAAAGCUGAAUCGAAUGCUGGCUAUAUCUAGUCAUUAAAUACUUCAAAAAGUGCUCAUUAGUUUUAUUAGCUUCCUGUUGCCAUUUCUAUCGGUGUGAAUUUUCAGUAUCACGAUUUGUAAUGUUUUUCAGUUUUUGUAAUCUCCGGUUGUUUGGAGGUUUUGUAAAAUUUUGUUUGUGACGAAAUUCUUUUUUAUUUCCAAUUGCUAAUUAGAACGUGAGGCUGGCCUCACUUUGAUGUGAUUGUACAGUCAGACUUGUAUUGUAACGAUUUAUGUUAAUGGUAAAUUUUUCAAUUCAAAAAUCGAUAUACAAACACUGCUAACCAAAUUGACUAUAUAUCUUGAAGUAGGCAACAUUUUCGAUGUCAACAUUGGUCUUCUUCACAAAUUUCGCAUUCGGAUUAUGUUAAUUGCCAUACCGUCGCUAUAAUAAACACAAUCAAAUUAUACAUUAUCAAUGACGUUGUAUUAUCACAUGAUAUUUAACGAUACAAUUUUUA